GUCUCAUCUUGUUUUUGUUCAUAAGGUCCAAGAUGUGAUAGGCCACUGGGUAUGCAGAAUGGUCGUAUUCGACUCACACAACUGUCAGCCUCCUCAAGCUGGGAUGCCAAUCAUGGACCUCGCAACGGCCGGCUGAAGUUCCACCGAACAGGUUCCAGGAUGGGUGCAUGGUGUGCCCGACGUAACGACCGCUACCAGUAUUACCAGGUGGACUUCCGUCGCGCCAUGAGAGUGGUGAAGAUUGCCACACAAGGACGACAAGACGCGGCACAGUGGGUCACACAGUAUUUUGUCACGUACAGUCAGGAUGGAUGUAGCUUUGCUGAGUACAAGGAAAAUAGCAACAGAAAGUACUUUACAGGAAACAGAGAUCAGAACAGUAUUGUUCAAUAUCGCUUGUUCCCGCCAAUCAGGGCUCGCUAUGUACGAAUACGCCCUUGGGGGUGGUACAGACACAUCUCUAUGAGGGUUGAGUUCUAUGGAUGUGCGGAAGACCCUUGCUAUGUACCUCUUGGCUUGGAGGACAAGAGGAUUACAAACGGAGCGUUUUCUGCUUCUUCGUAUUACAACCAUCACUUGGCACCUUGGCAUGGAAGGUUGAAUCACCGCUGGUCAUGGAGCGUGCGACAUCGUAACAACAGACAGUGGUUGCAGGUUAAUAUGCAGGAAAUCUACCGAAUGAAAGGUAUUGGUUCUCAAGGCCGACAGGAUGCAAAUCAGUGGGUCAAGAGCUAUACUUUGUCGUAUGGCAUGAACGGUGUGGAUUUUGCUCAUUACAAAGAGAAUGGAAGAGUUAAGGUAAGGCAUGGUGCCUCCAAUACAGACCGCCACUCUGUAGUGUUCCAUCGCUUCAGAAAGAGAUUUGCUGCCGUGUUUGUCAGGGUUCAUCCCAAGGCCUGGUACAGUUGGAUAUCAAUGAGAAUUGAACUGUUCGGAUGCUCAGCGGCAUUGUGCAACAGCGCCUUAGGAAUGAAAAGUGGGGCCAUCAGGAACGCCCAGAUCACGGCGUCUUCAAUAUGGAACAAAUACCACGCAGCCAGACUUGCCAGAAUGGGCACAGUCAAACGAGGCCGGUAUGUGGGAGCCUGGUGCGCAAGACACAACAAUCAUCAUCAGUGGCUCAAGGUGGACUUUAAACAACCAAUGAAAAUCACGAAAAUAGAAACACAAGGACGUCAGGACACCAACCAAUGGGUGACGAGGUACCAGUUAAGUUACAGUCAGGAUGGAGCUCACUGGACUUUGUACAGACAGAGGAGCAACGAUAAGUAUUUCCAAGCCAACCGAGACCAACACAGCAUUGUUGCAAAUGUCAUCAACCCACCAAUCAUUGCUCGCUUCUGCCGCAUCAUCCCGCGAGGAUGGUAUCGUCAUAUCAGUAUGAGGGUGGAGUUCUAUGGAUGCAAAGCAGAUAAGUGUGAUGUUCCACUCGGAAUCCAAGAUGGCCGCAUUACACAGUCCAUGAUGUCAGCCUCCUCGUUUUACAAUCGAUACUAUGGUCCUUGGUCUGCUAGAUUACAGGCUCGGAAUCACGGCGCCACACGCGGUGGAUGGUUAGCCAGGGUGAACAACAAUCACCAGUUUCUACAGAUUGACCUUGGAGCCAAGUCUGUUGUGAAGAGGAUUUCAACUCAGGGUCGAUAUGAUGCAAAUCAAUGGGUCACUAGUUACACUCUGUCAUACAGUCAGAAUGGAGUCAGGUUUUAUCCUUACAGGGAGAAUAGACGAACUCGGGUUAGUGAAGAGCAUAUUAUUUUAACAGAAUUGAUCUUCCCAGCCAAUCAAGAAAGACACUACGUUGUUACGCAUCGUUUGUUCAAGCCGUUUGCAGCUCGUUACGUGCGUGUGAAUGUCAGGACAUGGUAUGGACACAUUGCUAUGCGUGUAGAACUCUAUGGAUGUAUACUGGGUAAGUACAAAUAUCUGCAGUCGUAA